AUGUCACUAGAGAACCACACUGUUGUGAGCGGAUUCAUACUCCUGGGGUUUUCUGAGUUUCAUGACCUCCAUCUUUUGCUCUUCGCAGUGUUGUUGUCUCUCUAUAUCCUCACCUUGAUGGCGAACACCCUGAUUAUUAUGAUAAUAAAUGCCGAUCACACCCUUCAGACCCCCAUGUAUUUCUUCCUUACUCACUUGUCUUGCUUGGAGGUCUGCUACAUGUCAGUCAUCAUCCCAAAGAUGCUGGAGAACAUGCUGGUGGAAAAAAUGGGCAUUUCCUUUGUGGGAUGUGCCAUGCAGAUGUUCUUCUUUCUCUUCUUCGGGGUUGCAGAGUGCUUCCUCCUGGCCGCAAUGGCAUUUGACCGGUACAUGGCGAUAUGCAACCCCUUGUGCUAUAUGGUCAUUAUGAGUAGCAGUGUUUGUGGGAAACUGGUGGUGGGAUCUUAUGCAUGUGGGACCAUAGUGGGUCUGGUGCACACCAUCAUUACAUUCAGCUCUCCAUUCUGUGGCUUACUCAUCAACCACUUCUUCUGUGAGAUCCAGCCGCUCUUAGAGCUGCUCUGUGGAGAUACUUUCCUGAAUGAGGUUCAGGUCAUUGCGGUGGCUGUGUUUGCCAUUAUGGUCCCAUUCCUCCUGGUCAUUUUAUCUUAUGUCUGCAUUCUCUCCACCAUCCUCAAGAUGCCAUCAGCUGAGGGUCGUCUUAAAGCCUUCUCCACCUGCUCCUCACACCUAGUGGUGGUGACUCUGUUCUACGGCUCGGGAAGCUUCAUGUACUUACGACCCAAGUCCACCUACUCUCCACCUGUUGACAAACUGUUCUCCAUGUCCUAUACCAUUGUGACUCCAUUUUUGAACCCCAUGAUCUAUUGCUUGAGGAAUGAGGAGGUGAAAGGAGCCAUAAGGAAACUGUGGAGGAAAAUGCUUGAUGCAUGA